UUGGCUGGCCCCUCUUACCCUCGGUCUUCGCGGGUCCGUAGGGAAAACGGUUUUCGUUUUCUCUCCUUCCUCACUUUGCUCGCCAACGAAGGAAAAUCGAUCCCUCUUCUCUUCUCGUCUCCUUCUCCAUUCGAAGAAGAACCAUUGAAUAUCUGAAGAAGAGUCAAACCUGCAAAAAAAUAAUUAAGGAAGAAAAAAGAAAAACUUAGCGACUGAAACAUGAACCUUUGAUUGAAACAGGUCUCUCUUUUCUUGAAUUCUCUCUCAAUACCUAAUUACCUUUCUCGUUUUCGAUUAGUUUCCUUAUCUUGCCAAGGAAAUUCUUGCAAACAAGGAAACUUUGUUUUUUUCGCCAUUUUUCUUGUGUCUUUGGAUUUCGUCUCUCUGUAUCCGUCUGUCGAGAAUGGAGAAGGAGAGAUUGGAUAUUCAUGCACGUUAAGCCACCUGUCUGCAUGGUUUGUCAUUUGGGAGUUUUCUUUGCCUGCGAAAAAUGGAUCUGAGUUCGAUUGCUGGUGUUGCUUAUUGAAUUCUCUGUUUUGCGAUUUGUAUUUUCGUGAAAUUCCACGGAGGAAUCUACUGGAUAAUUAGCUUCUUCCCCACGUUGGUCACUCGCAACAGGGGGCGAAGAUGUCCAGUUACGUUGGUGUUCUCGUUUCCGAUCCAUGGCUUCAGAGCCAGUUCACUCAGGUCGAACUUCGCGCCCUCAAAUCCAAAUUUCUUUCGACAAGGAAUGAAUCGGGUCGAGUUACUGUGGGAAAUUUGCCGCCCGUAUUGGCAAAAUUAAAGGCCUUUAAUGAAAUGCUCUCCGAGCUAGAGAUUACCGGGAUCUUGGGGGAAUCAUUUUCUGACAUGACCGAAGAGAUUGAUUUCGAAGCCUUCCUCCGGGCGUAUUUGAAUUUGCAAGCCCGAGCUCAGGCCAAAUUGGGGGGUUCAAGGACGCCAUCGUCAUUCCUCAAGGCCACAACAACUACCCUGCUUCACACCAUUAGUGAAUCGGAGAAGGCGUCUUAUGUUGCCCACAUCAACAGCUACCUCGGAGAAGACCCGUUCUUGAAGAAAUAUCUUCCUUUAGAUCCAUCUGAUAAUAGUCUGUUUGAUCUAGUAAAAGACGGAGUUCUUCUCUGUAAGCUGAUAAAUGUUGCCGUUCCUGGGACGAUUGACGAGCGUGCUAUUAAUACCAAACGGGUACUAAAUCCAUGGGAAAGGAAUGAAAACCAUACCCUUUGCCUCAAUUCUGCAAAGGCUAUUGGCUGCACUGUGGUCAACAUUGGAACACAAGACUUGGUCGAAGGAAGGCCGCACCUGUUACUUGGUUUGAUUUCCCAGAUUAUAAAGAUCCAACUGUUAGCAGACCUCAAUUUAAAGAAAACUCCUCAGCUUGUGGAAUUGGUUGAUGACAGUAAGGAUGUGGAAGAACUCAUGGGUUUAGCCCCAGAAAAAAUAUUGCUACGGUGGAUGAAUUUCCACCUGAAGAAAGCAGGAUAUAAGAAAACCAUUACAAAUUUCUCCUCAGAUGUAAAGGAUGGAGAGGCUUACGCUUUCCUGCUUAAUGUUCUUGCCCCAGAGCACUGUAGCCCAUCCACCUUAGAUGCAAAGGAUCCUACUGAAAGGGCAAACUUGAUACUUGAGCAUGCUGAGAGAAUGAACUGUAAGAGAUACCUAACACCAAAGGACAUUGUUGAGGGUUCACCAAACUUGAAUCUUGCAUUUGUUGCACAUAUAUUUCAUCAUAGGAAUGGCUUGUCUACAGACAGUAAAAAGAUCUCGUUUGCAGAAAUGAUGACAGAUGAUGUUCAAGUAUCCAGAGAAGAGAGAUGCUUCCGACUGUGGAUCAACAGUCUUGGAAUUGCUACAUAUGUCAACAAUGUAUUUGAGGAUGUCAGAAAUGGAUGGGUUCUUUUGGAAGUGCUUGACAAAGUAUCUCCAGGAUCAGUUAACUGGAAGCAUGCCACAAAACCUCCCAUCAAGAUGCCAUUUAGAAAAGUAGAGAAUUGCAACCAAGUAGUAAGGAUUGGGAAGGAGUUGAAGUUUUCCCUCGUCAAUCUAGGUGGAAAUGAUAUUGUACAAGGAAAUAAGAAGCUUAUACUUGCUUUCCUUUGGCAGUUGAUGAAAUUAAAUAUGCUCCAACUAUUGAAAAAUUUGAGAGUCUAUUCACAAGGGAAGGAAAUGACAGAUAGCGAUAUCCUAAAUUGGGCAAAUAAGAAGGUGAAGAGUGCCAAUAGAAAUUCACAGAUGGAAAGCUUCAAGGAUAAGAACCUUUCAAAUGGGAUAUUCUUCCUUGAGCUUCUUAGUUCUGUAGAGCCAAGGGUUGUGAACUGGAACCUUGUUACAAAGGGUGAAAGUGAUGAUGAAAAGAGGUUGAAUGCUACAUAUAUAAUCAGUGUUGCACGGAAGCUUGGGUGUUCCAUUUUCUUGUUGCCCGAGGACAUAAUGGAGGUAAACCAAAAGAUGAUCCUUAUUCUAACAGCCAGCAUCAUGUACUGGAGCUUAACGCAACCUGUUGAAGAAUCAGAAUCAACUGCAGGUGAGAAAGCUGCAACUCCAGAUGCAUCCCCAGCUCUCUCUGUUGAUGCCGAAAAUGGGGACGUUCUAGCAAGUGCAGUCUCAAAUUUGACCAUGGAAAAUGGAACCAAAGAUACUACAUCUUCCUCGUUGGUUGAUGGUGAGGAUUCAGACAACACGUCUUCCGCAGUAGUUGAAAACGGGGACACUCCCAGCAAAAGAAUAACACCCAUAAAUUCCAACUCAGAAACAGGAGAAGAAAAGGUGGUACGAUAACUAGGAUACAAGCUAGAACAAAUGCACAGUUGUCUUAGAUGUGCAUAUAGUCAAAGAUUAAUGGUCACUGUAAAAUCUGUGCCCUAUCCUCUGCAUUUUCUUUUGGUUGGCGCGAGGGAGGAUGUUCUUUUCUUUUUGUAACUAGAGUUUUGUUAUUGCUUAGGUGUAUUCUUUGGAACGAUAUGUCAAUAAUGUUGAAUUAAACGUGGAAAAGUAGUAGCUAAUGAGGCCUUUCUCUUGUUUCA